AUGGAGAGCCGCUCUUCAGAAGUCGAGCCAGACCCGAUGGCUCCCACUCCAACCUGUAUCUCUUCUUUUCUCACCCUGUCGGAGCAGGACUGCGGCCUAGUCGUCCGGCCAGACCAGCCCUGCGGUUUGGAGCCCAUUCCAGGAGUGAGAUCUUCAGGAGAGGCCCAGGCUUCACUUCGGCCUUGCCUCUCAGGAGAUGAACCUGGCCGCUGGGUCGUCCCGUGCCUGAGCUGUUCAGACAACAGGACUUGUGAUUGGAGAGAGGUUUCCUGGCAGCCGGACAAUUGUUAUCACCCACUGCUGGAUCAACCUCAGCUGCAGUCCUGCAUGAUGGAACGCAAGGUCCUGUUUAUCGGGGACUCCACCAAUCGAGGGAUGAUGUACUACUUGAUGGAGAGGGUGAACACCACGCUGGAGGACUGGGACAAAGCCCACAACACCAUCGUCUACCACAACCUGAACCAAGGCCGAACUAUCGUCAGCUACUCCUACUACCCACAGUUCUGGCUGCCAAAGAGCCACAGACCCACCUUCCAAAGAGCUCUGCAGCAGCUUCUAGAAAGGUCACAGCCGCUGGAGAACUCUCCUCAGACAGUGCUGGUCGCUGGAGGGGUGCAAUGGCUGAACCUGAACCAUUUGAGGACCAUUCGGCAGGUUUUGGAGAGGGAGGGUCUUGAAAACAUCAUGGUGGUGGUGAAGUCUUUAGGAAUGGGUUUCCAUCUGCCCGUAGAUGGUAUCCGCUCCCUGUCACUGAAUGGUGUGCAAGAACUCUAUAAUGCGAACAAGAAGAUUCUGGAAAGUGCCAAGCAUCUUGGGUAUGAGGUCAUUGACACGCUCAGCAUCACCAUGGGCCGUUAUAAGGAGUUCCUGCAGGGACGAUGUGCUUGCCAUUUCCAUGAGGUCUAUAAGGUUCCCUUUCCAACUGCUGCUUCCCAAAGAAAGCUGAAGAUUUUGAGGGUGGGUGGAAAAAGCGGGAGUCUGGCCGAUGAACAAACGGGCCCUCAAGAGCACGAAGAUCCAUCAUGCCAACCUGACGUGUCCUACCAAGUAAAGGGACCAGUGAACGCUGUGUACUCUGAGAUCCUCCUCAGCAGGAUAUGUUUCAAUCACGCCAUCAAUGGGACCAUUCGCCAACAUUAAGACAAUUAGCGGCCGGUGACGCUAAGCUGUGCGUGUUUUUCAAAGUGUGUGUGUAGCUGUUAAUAUGAGAAAAAUGUGUAUAUAAGGGCUAAACCGAUUGGUUCGAGUCAACUUAAACAUAUGCUGGAUCAAAGUGUUAAAUUGAAGGACGAUUUAGGUAGGUGUCUGUUUGUGCAGGUGUGCAACGGGAUCCAGAUGGACAAGGGGUGUAAGGGUGUACAAUGGGACCCCCUGAAGCCCUGCCGAAAUGACUUUGGCAGCUGCGGCUUAAGAGCAGGCAGUGACUGCGGUGCAUCAGUCGCGCAGCCCCUUCAAACAGCCUCGCAAAAACCUUGCGACAACACUCAUGCAACGUUCCUACAAUGCUGCUACUGCUGAACCACAGGCUGAAAUGUUCCCAAUAUGUUUGGGGAACGUUAGGCGGCUGCUGUGGAGUGCCUUUGAUGUCACCCUGCCUCACAUUGUCACUUUUAUGGAAGCUCGGGCAACGUUUUGAAGUCUAGCUUUACACCCCCCUCCUUUUCCUACACAUGCCAGGUUCGCAAGUAUUUAUGAAGUAUUUUCUAUGCCAAAGGUCUUAUGAAGCAUAUUGUAUGAUAUAGUUAUGUUCCUCACACAUAUUUCUACAUUUAUUUUUCUACCCGUGCUUUCCAGUGCCUUUAAUAAUAAUCUGUGUAAGAUGUUGUAAAAGCUGUUUACAUGAAAGAGGAUAUUUAUACUGUUCUGGUGGUGAUAUUGUUGCUGGGUUUAUGCUUAAUUGCUGGAAUGCAUGAAAAUGUUUCAUUUGUCCAUCAUUUACGUUAAACAGGAAAUAGUUUGUGGAAAGAACAAAUUAGCAGGAUUUAUUUAAAAUAUCCCAUGAAAAAAAGUCUCUUCCCACCAGUUGUUAUGAGCUCGGUAUGAGCAUGAAUGUUAUUUCCACUUAAGAUGAUUUCAGAUGAAACCUUGUGUUGACCUGUUAAGAUUCCGCGUCUUGUGAUAACUCUUGAUGUGUCAGAAUUUUAGGUUUAUUGAAAAUGUUUUAGAUGUUUAUGAAGGGCUGUCUCAUGAUAUGUGUCUGGUUGCCGCAGCAUAUGCAUGAAAUAUAUGAUUCCAUCAACGUGAAAUGUCACUUAACAUAUCGAAAAAUUAAAAAAAUGUAUAUUUUUAUAAUUUAAA